AUGCCGUUUCGUUCUCAAUGGCGUGAUUUAUCUCAAUUACAUUCAGAUGGUAUUCCUCUAGAUGCUGUUAGUAAUGAAACGGCAAAGUUAUUUGAUGCCGCUCUAUCACAAUAUAUUGGCUGGUACAAUGAACCACAACUUAACGGUUUAGAGAAUACUUUUGAAAAAUUAUUUGAAUCUGAUCCAAAUUGUGUUCUAAGUCAAGUAUUUUCUGUUGGUGUUGAACUAUUAUCAACAAGUGUACCUUAUCGAAAUUCAUCAUCAUCGAAAUUAGCUCAUUUAAAUCAAACAUUUGAAAAAAAAUUGAGUGAAACAAAUGAUAAAAAUUAUUUAACACUUCAUGUCAAAGCGAUCAAUGAAUGGGCACAAGGAUCGCUCUCUCAUGCAGCCAAUACAUGGGAACAAUUACUUUUAUAUUAUCCACACGAUAUUCUAGCAAUUAAAAUGGCGCAUGAUACAUAUUUCUUUAAUGGUAAUAAGGAAAUGAUACGAGACUCAAUAGCUCGACUCAUACCGAUAUGGGAAUCGAAGUCAACACCAUUACCACUAUCAUCCUAUUUGUAUGGAAUGCAUGCAUUUGGUUUAGGCGAAAAUAACAUGCUAGAUGAAGCACAACAACAAGCACGGAAAGGUUUGGAAUUAAACGAAAAUGAUGCUUGGGCAACGCAUGCUAUAGCUCAUUCCUAUGAAUAUCGAGGUAAUACAUGCUCUGGCAUCGAAUUUAUGUCCUCAACCGAACAUGACUGGUCCAAAUGUGAAUGGUUAUCAAAGCAUAAUUAUUGGCAUUGGGCAUUAUAUCAAUUUGAACAGGGUGACUAUGAAAUUGCCUCAAAUAUUUUAUUUAAAAAAAUAUUAGGCAAUAAUAAUAGCGAAUUGAUGAUGUUGGAUUUUGUUGAUAUUGGUUCAUUGUUUUAUCGUUUGAAAUUAUGUGGCGUUGAUUGUGAAAAUAAACUUCUAGAAAACAAAUCAGUAGAUAAAUUUAUUAAACAUCAUUUAGAUGAUCAUUUGUUGGUAUUCAAUGAUUUACAUUUGUAUUUUCUACUGCAGAAUUCAUCAGAUGAGAAGACAAAAUUUCUAAAAUCGUUAAAAGAAACUAUUGGUGACAAUGGUUUUGAUAAUAAUGAAAAUAGACGAAUUUACGAAACGGUGGGUAAACAUAUGUUUCAAGCAUUGGAUUAUUUCGAAUUAGAUCAACAUGAUCGAGUUGUCGAAUGUUUAUACCCUAUUCGUCAGCAAAUAAUGAACAUUGGAGGUAGUAAUGCACAACGAGAUGUAUUUACAUUAUUAUUAAUUCAUUCAGCUGUACAUUCUCCAGAGAAACAACAUCGAUUACUUGCACAAAGAUUAUUGAAUGAACGAUCUCAACUGAGAGGAAAUACAUCGAAUUUAAUGAAACACUAUACGGACAAAUUGAUUGGCGAUUAA